AUGAUCAAACGACGUCGGCGCAAAGUGAUUUCUAUCAGGAGGCAACAUAUCAUUAAGAAUUCUAUCAGGAGGCAAUUUAUCGCCAUUAAGCGUAGACUGUCCGCGAUUGCAAAUAGACAGGACAACAUUGAGCAAACGUUACAGUGCUUUCAACAGCGCUUAGAGUCAAUCCAAAGGUAUCUGAAUGAGUUGAUACGUCUUAUUCAGGUCCGAGUAAGUCUUUUUUUUUGAUUAUGUGGGCUUUCAGGACACCUUCGGAAGGCAGUAGGGAGGGGGGGAGGGGGAUAUCCACGAAUGGAAAGAAUAUACAUCAAGGUUUAUAUUAUAGUUGACUGUAUAACUUCUGAAAAUGUUUUGAUAGAAUUUGAUUUAUAGGCAAAGCACCAGUUCCGUAUAUCUCUUUUCAUCACCAUUGCAUUCACUUUAUUGUUCACUUAUUGGACAAAAUCCCCAACAGAGGCAUGUAAUAUCAAGUGUACUGUCAAAAAAUUUUGA